AUGGCUUCUGAGGCGAGUUCCCCCCAGCGGGAGCCCACACUAUCUACUUUGCCGCCUUCGCUCCCACAGAAACGUGCUCUCGAAGAUGAUCACAGCCCGGCGGUAUCGUCACCCUUAAACCCCGAACCGAAAUCGCAAAAAUUUCAAGUUCAAAUCGAGGAUACGCAAGCCAUGCCGCGCGAAAAGAGGACCAAGAAGGAAACGCUUAAAAAGCGGGAGUCCAAGGGGGCGGGCGCGGGCGGCGCCGACAGCGCUCGAGCGACCCCCGAUCCAAAGCAGAGAGAAGCUCCCGGGGAGAUGGCGCCAAACCGAUACAAACUUGCGCAUCCCAAGCCCACCGAUUUUGAGCUCUCAAGAGGACCGGUCUUUGUACCCCACCAUGAGGUCCAGGAUCCAGAGGGGAAAACGAUCGAGUUCGUGGAAACGUCCGACCAUGUUUAUAACAAGAAGAGCUUCCACUACACACAUUGCAUCGCCGACCCCGCUUUCCCUUCCAUGUUCUACUACCGCAACACUGAGCCACCACCGUUCGGCGCCCACUUGGCUUUCGAGGAUGCCGCGUCGCAUAUGUUUUUCGACCGGAGUGGGAUGCACAUUACCUCAGACAAGGGUUUCCGCAUGACGCGCGCAAAUGUUGCAAUACGGGAAGGGCGAUGGUACUGGGAGUGCAAAGUCACGCGGGGCAUACUCAAGGACCCGCAGGACGGAGACCCCAAGUCCCACGGGCAUGUCCGGGUAGGCUUUGCGCGGAGAGAAGCAGCAUUGGAUGCCCCCGUCGGAUUCGACGCAUACAGCUAUGGUAUCAGAGAUGCCGCGGGUCAAAAGGUCCACAUGUCACGGCCCAAGGACUUCUUCCCACCGGGCGAAGAGAUCAAAGAGGGGGAUGUGAUUGGGAUGGAAAUUCAGCUGCCCUCGGAGCGGCUCCAGCGCAAGAUCGUCCAGGGCCAGUACAACCCAGCCAUCGACCUCGCGGAUGAGGAACCCGAAGAAGCGCCCGAGGCCCCGAAUAUCAUCCGCGACCGCAUCCCGAUUCGCUUCAAGGCGCAUAUCUACUUCGAGAAGAUCGACUAUCACACCACGAAGGAACUUGAGGAUUUGAUGAACCCAUCGCCGGCAGGCUCAAGUCACAAGACUGAGGCCCCCCAUCCAACGCACCCUGUUCCUGCGCUUCGAACGCUACCGAACUCCUGCAUUAAGGUCUACAAGAACGGCGUCCUCAUGGGCACUCCCUGGACGGAUAUCCUGGCCUUCCUCCCGCCCGCUUCGAGACAAGCACAGCAGACUGGUGGGCGUGAAGCGCUUGACGACGGAACGUUAGGGUACUACCCGGCGGUCAGUGUAUUUCGGGGAGGUGCAGUGGAGGUGAAUUUCGGUCCCGAUUUUUGGUACCCGCCACCCGCCGAGGAUACCGAGAUGUUGGAUGCAGGCACGGACGGCCCGCCGCAAAAACAGCCAACGCGACUGCGUCCCAUCAGUGAGCGAUAUGAUGAUCAGAUCGUCGAGGAUGUUCUUUACGAUAUCGUGGAUGAGGUCGGCUUCUGGAUGCAGGAUGGCCAGAAAGUUAUUGACCAGUCCGCGCGGGAUGGGAAAGUUGAGGCCGCAGCGCCUGGGAGGGAUGAGAUCAAGGAGCUGGUACAGGACGACUGA